AUGGAAAAGCAAAUCGUUAUCAUCGGAGCCGGAGCUUCAGGAGUGGCAGCCGCCACAAAACUUGUGUCGAAUGGCUUUAGCAACGUAACAAUUUUGGAAGCUGGAAAUCGCAUCGGCGGAAGAAUCAACACCAUCCCAUUUGGAGAGAAUGUUGUCGACAUGGGCGCACAAUGGUGCCAUGGUGAAACAGGUAAUGUUGUCUAUGAAAUGGCCAAAGAUAAAAAUCUGUUGGCUCAUAGUACCGAAGAAAGUCGAGGCAAUCGGUAUGUUCGAUCAAAUGGUGAAGAGAUUCCAAUGGAACUUUGCAAAAAAAUCACUGCUCUUAUUAUGGACAUUAUGGGAGACCAUUAUGAAGAAGAACGAAAGUCAUAUGGGUCAAGUGGUAACUUUUAUGCUGCAAAAUUCAUGAAAGCUCUUGAAUCCGAUGAAUUCAAGGAAGUUGACUCUGAAUUGGCACACGAAUGUAUGGAAUUAUUUCAAAACGUGGUGAAUUCAAUCGAUGGAUGCGAUACAUGGUAUGAACUGUCAACAAAUUACCAUGAAUACGAAGAGUGUGAGGGUGAUUACAUCAUGAAUUGGAAGGACAAGGGUUAUGCUACUGUUUUGGACUUAAUGCAGAAUAAAAUUCCUGACACCCAAAAUCCUCAGUCCGUAAUAGAUGUUAUUCCAUUGACUAAAUUUAAUAAAGAAGUGGUCAAAGUUUGCUAUAAUCAACCCGGUGCACCCGCAAAAAUUACAUUAAAAGAACGAUGUUUGAGUAUGUUCGAACCGUUGCUACCGCUAUGGAAAUACAAUAGCAUCGACGGCAUGAUGAUUGGAACUGUUGACAAAAUCUUUUUGGAAUUCGAUAAACCAUUUUGGAGUGAAAAUUGGGAAGGAUUCAGUUGCUUGUGGAAGUUGGAGCAAGUGAAAGAAGUGCGCGAGGAUCCGGUGAAUGGAGAUUGGCUUGAAGGAAUCAGCGGUUUCUAUCCGUUCAAUCCACUGCAACCGAAUGUUAUUUGCGGAUGGAUCACCGGCAAAUUGGCAUGCAAAAUGGAGGAAAAGUCUGAUGUUGAAGUUAAAAAUGGCGCUGAAAAGGUUCUUCGCAUGUUUUUAAGGCAUUUAGACAUUCCGGAUGCUAAGAAAAUGGUUCGCUCAACAUGGCAUUCAAACCCUCUAUUUCGUGGAUCCUAUUCGCACUUUGUUCUGAAAGCAGAAGCUUUGGAAACAAAUAAUCGACAAUUGGCUGAACCGAUAAAUGACUCGAAUGGAAAGCCAGUUAUUCAAUUCGCUGGAGAAGCCACUAGCCCCAAGUACUUUUCAAACGUACAUGGGGCAGUUGAUGCUGGAUGGCGCGAUGCUGAACGACUCAUUAAUUUAUACAAAUAG